AUGUCCCGCGCAGUUUUGGACACUGCGGCGCGCUAUCUCAAUGACAGCGCUCGUCAGCGCCUCAGAGAACAGACCAAAGAGCCAGUCUCAUGGGAUAUAGGCGCUCAAUAUGACCACCCACACGGCGACUUGAACGACUACCAAGAGUUCCGAUCCGUAGCUCGUGCACAGCUCACCAAAGCCCAAGCAACACAACUCUUGGUCGAUUUUCUAACACCACUAGAGCAUCUGCAUACAGCUCAAAAAGAGGCCCUCAAUAGGCUUGACGCGGCAGCACGCCACCCGAAAUGGGACCCUAGUCUCAUGAUCAAAGCGCUCGCUGAUUUGGACAUCGCCUUCUUCGACGGCCGUCUGAAAGGAAAUGUCAUAGUCAUGUGGGCGACUGAAAGGGAGAUAUUGGAGAGAGUAUGCGACGGCCAGAACCCUGAGAAAGGUUUCACGGGGCUUUGCCAACCCCUUCAGCCAGACGAAAACGAGGGAGAGCAGCGGUGCAAAGUCUGGUUGAACUCGGACAAGAUCUUCAACGCACCAGACCCACGUUUGCAGAUGUGGGAGACUAUGUUCCAUGAGCUCGUGCACGCUUACGCCCUUAUCAGCUCCGACCGCGACGGCUUCAUCGACUACCACGCUUAUAAUGAUCCCUACCAUGAUGAUCAAUUCGAAUACCUUUUGAGCAUGGUAGACCGCCGGUCGAUGUAUCACAUGCAGAUGCCUGCCAAACCUGCAGGAAAAGGCCACACCAUCUGUUUAACUUGUUGUCCAAGGCCGUUGAUGCACGGAGACGAGGAAUUUGGCAUGGACGAGCAAGGGGAAAUGUUGAGAGGGCAGGUGAGCGAUCCGCGUUGGGGUCAAGCCCCGGAGGGAGGAUCACAGCGGUCUCUGCCAAUCUUAUAG